AACAAACAAACUCAGCUCUUAUUUGAGAACCUCUUUGGCAUUAAAAAUGUCGUCCGAUUACCAGCUUUUGUUCUUCCCCCAAGCUGCUCAUUAUUCACCUUCUCUAAGCAUCGAAGUGGUUGUUUGUGCAUUUUUUCUACUCGUGGUCUUUGGUUUCUGGCUUACACCGGGUGGGCUAGCUUGGUCUCUCUCAAAAAUUCAAACUCAAGCUCGAAUAGCUAUCCCAGGACCAUCUGGGUUCCCUUUCCUUGGCUCGGUUUUUGCCUUUACUGGCCCUGUGGCCCACCGGGUUCUUGCCAAACUCUCCCAGCGCUUUAAUGCUUUUCAACUCAUGGCCUUCUCUGUGGGUUUCACUCGUUUUAUCAUUUCAAGCCACCCGGAAACUGCUAAAGAGAUUCUUAACAGUUCGGCCUUCGCAGAUCGACCUGUUAAGGAAUCUGCUUACGAGCUGCUUUUUCACCGAGCCAUGGGUUUUGCGCCCUAUGGAGAGUAUUGGAGAAACUUAAGGAGAAUCUCGGCUACCCACUUGUUCAGUCCCAAGAGGAUCUCUGGUUUCAGUGCUUUCCGGAGUCAAAUCGGUUUGAAGAUGGUGGAGGAAAUCAAAGCUUCCAUGGUAUUGAAAGGAGAGGUUGAGGUGAAGAAAUUGCUGCAUUUUGGAUCUUUGAAUAACGUUAUGAUGAGUGUAUUUGGAAUGAGUUAUGAUUUCAAGGAGGAGGGUGGAGAAGGGUGUGAGCUGGAAGAACUGGUAAGUGAAGGAUACGAGUUGCUUGGGGCCUUUAACUGGAGUGAUCAUUUCCCUGUUCUGGGUUGGUUGGACUUGCAGGGAGUGAGGAAGAGAUGCCGAAACCUGGUUUCUAAGGUGAAUGUUUUUGUUGGAAAGAUCAUUGAACAGCACAGGAAGAGGAGGAUGGUUAAUGGAGUGUUGGGUGAUGAGACCAUAGCUGACUUCGUCGAUGUUCUGCUCGAUUUAGAGGACGACGACAACAGCUGCCUCAGUGAUUCGGACCUAAUUGCUGUUCUUUGGGAAAUGAUAUUUAGAGGGACUGAUACAGUGGCGAUUCUCCUGGAGUGGAUUCUAGCAAAUAUGGUGGUUUACCCGGAAAUCCAAUCAAAAGCCCAAUCAGAAAUCGAUGCUGUUGUAGGAACCAACCGUGGCGUGUCAGAUUCCGAUCUGCAAAACCUUCCUUACCUUCAAGCUAUUAUAAAGGAAUCCCUUAGAAUAAACCCUCCAGGUCCCCUACUUUCCUGGGCCCGUCUUGCUGUCCAUGACGUUCAAGUUGGGAACCACUUUGUUCCUGCAGGUACCACAGCUAUGGUGAAUAUGUGGGCAAUAACACAUGAUGAAACUAUCUGGUCAGAACCCAAUGAGUUCAAACCCGAACGAUUCAUGGAAGAAGACGUGAGCAUUAUGGGUUCGGAUUUGAGAUUGGCACCUUUUGGAUCUGGGAGAAGGGUAUGCCCUGGUAAGACUAUGGGUCUUGCUACUGUUCAGAUAUGGUUGGCUCAGUUGCUUCAGAACUUCAAAUGGGUUCCUUCUGAUAAUGGUGUUGUUGACAUGUCUGAAUGCCUCAAGCUUUCUCUUGAGAUGAAGAAUCCGUUGGUUUGUGCUGCUGUUCGAAGGAAUAAUGCUUGAUGAUGCUGGGUUGAGUUUUCCUUUUUUUU